AGAUGAUAAACAUCAAUGAAGUAGUGUGUUCACCACUAAGCAAGUAGCUUAUUUUGAAGUAUUGAAGGCGUGAAAAACUUUGACACUUCAGUUUUCGCUUAUAAAAAACUGUGUGAUAUACAACACGCUACGUUAUGCUAUCAUAUGAUUUGAAACGGGAUUAUCACGAUUUACAGAAUGAAUUUUAUGUAUGUUUGUUGCAUUGAAAAAUCGCCAGGAAUAUGGAAUUUAACCAAGACACCUUCGAAAAUAACUACGAUGUAGGCGACGAAAUUGGAAGUGGCCACUUUGCUGUGGUUAAACGAUGUACACAUAGCUCUACAGGGACAAAAUAUGCAGCUAAAUUUAUCCGUAAGAGAAGAGGAGGGGGCAGAAAGGGGGCAAAGAUGGAAGAUAUUAAGAAAGAAAUUGAAAUACUUAAAUACAUAGAACAUCCUAAUGUGAUAAGCCUAUAUGAUGUAUAUGAUACCAAAAAUGAAGUCAUUCUUGUUUUAGAACUAGUAUCUGGUGGUGAAUUAUUUGAAUACAUAUCAGAAAAAGAUAAACUCAGUGAGGAAGAAGCGUGUAGAUUUUUAGUACAAAUUUUAGAAGGAGUAAAACAUCUUCAUGACAAACACAUUGCUCAUUUAGAUCUCAAGCCUGAGAACAUCAUGCUUCUAAACCACAACAGUCAGAAUAUUAAGCUUAUUGAUUUUGGUCUUGCUCAAAAAAUUGACCCCAAAUCUGAUAUCAGAGCCAUGAUGGGAACAGCUGAAUUUGUUGCUCCUGAAGUUGUUAGUUAUGAACCUUUAUCAUUAGCUACAGAUAUGUGGAGUAUAGGAGUUAUUACAUAUAUUUUAUUAUCUGGUGCCUCACCUUUUCUCGGAGAUAACAAACAAGAAACAUACCACAAUAUUACCGCCAUUAUUUAUGAAUUUGAUGAUGAAUAUUUUUCUGGGACCAGUGAACUUGCUAAAGAUUUCAUUCAAAAAUUAUUUGUCAAAGACUGCAGAAAAAGAGCUAAAGUUGAUGACUGUCUCAACCACCCUUGGAUAAAGCCCAAAGAAAAACAACAUGAAGAUGUUAGAAAAUCAGCUGUUAUCAAUAUUGACAACUUGAAGACAUUCAUGGCUAGAAAAAGAUGGAAGCAAUCUUUACGAGUGGUGUGUUUGUGUAACCGACUUUCUCGUAGUAUUCAGUUGCGGAAAAGUCAAGAUACUCUAGGAAGUAGAAACACUCUAGCUGAAGAGGAGAAGGCUGAUAACUUUGUCAUGGCUGCCUUGUUUUGUGCCUCGGAAGAAGGAAAUGUAGAUGGACUGAAGGAACUGUCCGAGAUGGCCAACAACAUAGACCUCAACACAGCUAAUAGGCAUGGUGAAACAGCAGUACAUAUGGCAGCCAGUGGUGGUCAUGUUGAAGUUAUAAAGUUUCUACAGUCUAAAGGUGUUGAUAUUGCUGUCAAGGACAAGCAAGGAGAUAGUGCUGUCUAUGUAGCAGCUAGACAGGGUCAUCUAGAUGUAUUGAAAUGUUUUCAUGAAGCUGGUGUACCAUUAGAUUCACUCAAUAAGUCGAAUGAAACAGCUUUACAUGUUGCUUCACGUUAUGGUCAUAGCCAUGUUGUUGAUUAUUUAUGCAGUUUAGGUGUUCCAAUCAAUGUUCAGGACAGUCUUGGUGAAACACCAAUUCACAGUGCCAGUUGGCAUGGUUAUGUUCAUAUUGUACAAACAUUGUGCUCAGCCGGUGCUCUCUUUGAUAUUCAGAAUAAGGAGGGAGAAACGUCUUUACAUAACGCAUCGGUUCGUGGAAAUUUAGAAUGUGUUAAAAUUUUAUUACAAUAUGGUGCUCCUUUAAAUCAUAUUGAUAAGCACGGUAGUUCAGCGUUACACAUGGCAUGUAACAGACAUCAUUCCUCCAUAUCUAAACUUUUAUUAAACGCUGGUUGUGAAAUGGAUCUUAUUGAUAAGGAAACUGGGGAAAGUGCAUUACAUGCUGCCUCUAGAGAAGGAUUAUUUUCAGUAGUACAGACUAUGUGUAAUUAUGGCUGUAAAAUAGAUACUGUUAGUUGCGAUGGGUUAACACCACUUCACCUUGCCAGUAAAGCUGGUCAUAUUGAAAUUUGUCGCUGUCUUCUACAAGCUGGUGCCAAUCCAGAUAUUCCAAAUAAAGAUGGUGUUACUGCUGAAAUUAUGGCCUUAGCACAGGGAUUUACUGCUAUAGCUGAUUUAUUAAACAGGGUUAAAGGGGAGAAGGGACAAAUUCUCAUAAACCAGUUAAUACAAUCUGUACAACCAUUAAGUCGAGUCAAGUUAAAGUUAUUAGGAUCAACAGGUGUUGGUAAAUCUGCUCUCAUAGAAACUAUGAAAUGUGGAUUUCUAGGAAGUUUCUUCCGACGUGGCCAUCAUACAUCUAAGGCUAACACUCCUAGUAAAAGCCCAGGAUCUCGUAAGAAGUUAUCUCGACAGUUCAGUCUUCCAACACCGUUAAAUUAUUCUGUAGGUAAUCCUGUUUAUACAAAAGGUAUUGAUGUUCAGCAGAUCAAUGUACAAGGUGUAGGAGAUUUAAGUAUGUGGGAUUUCUCAGGUUACGAACCUUACUAUAUGCUGUAUGAUCAUUUCCUGGGUGAUACUAACUGUAUUCAUCAAGUUAUGUUUAGUCUUCAAGAUUCCUUUGACGAACAAUUAGCCCAAGUUAUCUUUUGGUUGAAUUUUCUGAAGGCUAGAGUACCUCCUCAGUUCCCAUUAGGCCAUUGUGGACGACUACAAAAUACAGCUAAAGUUAUUAUAGUAGCUACACAUCCUGAUAAAAAAGGUUGUCCUAAAAAUAGUAAAGGAGAAUACGAAUCUGAAGGAGGGGAGAUAAUAAUGGAGAAAGUAUUACAGAUGUUUCAAGCAGAUUUGGAUAUUGUUAAUAAACUGUUUGUUAUUGAUACUACUAAUGCUAGUUCUGCUGAUCUGAAAGCUCUCAAAGUUCAACUUGCUGAAUUAAAGGCAGAAAUUGUUUCGAAUUUACCUAAAUCAAGUGGGUUUUUGGAUGCUGUAGUUACUCAACUACCGUUAUGGCGUAAAAGUUCUGUUGCUUAUCCAGUAUUGUCAUGGCAACAGUUUGUAGAAUAUACUCGAUUGAAAGUCAAUCCUCUAGCAUCAGAAGAAAACAUGAAAUUAUUGGCAGAACAACUACAACUAACAGGAGAGGUUGUUUAUCUGCAGAGUGCAUUUGUUCAGGAUUUGGUGGUCUUCAAUCCAAAAUGGCUGUGCUCAGAUGUAAUUGGUACUUUGAUGUCUCAUGAUAAAAUAGUGCAAUCUCGUAUAACCGGCUGUUAUUCUGUGGACGAAUUUCAUUUAAUAUUUCCUGAUACGGAAGCCAUAGAUUUAUUAACAGUGUUAGAAGCUUUAGAGCUUUGUACCCAGUGUGAUAAUGAUGGAGAUAUCGAAUACGAAUUUCCCUGCUUGAAUCUGUUGGAAUCUUCAGAUGAUGUGUGGAAAAAAGACUCCAAUUUACAAACUGAUACGAUCUAUGGUGGCGUGAGAUUACACACGAGUUUCCAGUCUGGUUCUCAGUUAAAAUAUCUCUUUCCUCGAAUACAAGUGUAUCUCAGACGUAACAUGUUACAGGAAACGGAUGAUCCUGAAAUAGACUUAUAUCAGUGGCAUCAUGGUAGUAAAUAUUGUUGUGGGGAUCUAGAAGGGUUAUUAGAUACGGACAGAAAUGAGCAAUAUCUCGAAAUCAAAGUUCGUGGACCAAGGGAUGCUAAAUCAUCUCUGUUUUUCUUUCUUGAUGAUUUUAUAAACAUUGUUGAACAAGUGAUCGAGGAAGUCUGUCCUGGCUUGUGUACAGAACGUUAUACUUUAAGUCCAUCACAAUUAGGUGAUCAUGGUAAAAUAAUCCGCAGUUAUUCUCCCACGGAAAUCUUACGAAUGGAGAUGGAAGGGCGGACGUCUGUUGUUUUAACAGGCAGUGUUACUGAGGAUUUUCUAGACAUAGUUUGCUUCGGUUCGGAAGAGGUGCUAAACAGUAUUACGCCUGGUAUUGACUUGGAUAUUAGCCAUCUGUCUCUUCAUUCACGAAGGUUGUUAAGUUAUUUACUUGAUCCUUCCGAACCAAUGGGCCGAGACUGGUGUUUAUUGGCUAUAACUCUUGGUUUAUCAGACAUUCUCCCCAAAAUAGAGUCUGAACCUAACCAAAUCAGUCACACAGAUAAAGUGCUAGAGGAGUGGUCCAAACGCGAACCAUCUACCAUUAGGAAAUUAAUUAUGAAGCUAAAAGAAUUCCAUCGUAUUGAUGCAGUGGAAGCCAUUUUGAGAACUUCGUCUAUCUUUAAAAUAUUAAAUUAUGAGGAUCAAAGUACUGAUGAGAGUGCUGCUCAGACAACUGAUGCUUCGACUAAUACAUUAUCUAAUCUAUCCAGAUGAUAAUUAAAGUACAGGCUUUAUUAGGCAAUGAACAGUAUGCAUCCGGUGUUUAUUAGCUAUAAAUGAAUGUUUUUGUUAUGGUUUAUUGCAUGUAAAGAAAGGUUUAUAAGGAAUGUUUGUAUAUAUACACCACUUGUUAAAUAGCACAUAUAGAUAUAUAUAUAUAUCCAUACACACACUACCAUAGUUAAUGAUUGUUUAAUUGGGGUGGUAGUAAUUACUUCUUAAUUUCUUUUUAUAAAUUACUCUAUUUGUAUUUUUCUAUUUCUGUAUUUUAGUUUUUCUAUCAUAUUUAUGUUGAUUUGUUAGUUUCAUCUUUUUAAUUUUGUUUUUCCUUUUAUAAAUUCAAUACAAAUCACUACCUUUUUGUUGUACAUUAAAACCAUACUCAGGUAUUAUAAAGUUAAUAACAUUAUAGCUUAUAAUAAUAAUAAAACCAUGGUUGCUUUGAUAAGGUCUUACUCUUUCAUUUUGAUAUAAAGUUUGUAAGUGAUUCUAUAAGGGAACAUGAAAUUAGUUUUCAUUUUCAAAAUUUUGCAGCUCAUCUAGCAUUUUUGAUUAAGUGGAUUGGAUAUUGAUUUUGGCAGAACAUUAUUGCUAAUUAUUUAGAUUCUAAUGCAGUGAAAUCUAGAAAUUUGAAUAAGAUAACAAAGUUAAUAGUAUGCAAAUUUUACUUGAUGUAAGAUUAUCAACCUAUAUGAUUGCAUGUACUCCUAUGCAUACUAUGAAUUUGCGAAAAUAUUUAUUAUUUAUGAAAUAGCUCAAAAGAGUGUUUGCUAACUUAAAUAAAAGUUCCUAUAUUAAAGGAUUUUUAUUAUAAAGUGUACAUGUUUUACAUGUAUUGAUGAAUUGUCUAGUGUUCUGUUAAUCAAAAUAAUAUGUCAACAGAAGAAAUUUCUGUAGGCUUGUGUAUGAAUUACUUUAGCUUAGGAACAAAAACAAAUGAUAUAUAGUAAUUGAUAAACGAAUAUCCAUUAGUAUGUCAAAAACAAAUGUCAGUGCCAUGUAAAUUUUGUUGAUAAUUUUUAUUACAUGUAUAAAUUGGGUAUUUUGAUAAUUUGAAUUCAUUCUUCCGAGCUUUAAUAUAUAUGCAGCUUACAAAGUUACAUAGCUACCAUCCUAUCUAAAAAUUUAAUAUUGCAUAAUAUUUAGUAUUUUUCAUACUCUCGUUAUAGAUAGCCUAAAGAGUAUUGUAAAUUUUGAAUGCAUGGAUUAAUUUUUAAAAGAAUAAGCUGGUGAUUGACAUUAGUGUUAUUGAAUAGAACAUUUUCGAUACAAGCCAUAAACUUUAAACGGCCACAUUUAAUGUGUACAUAUAUUGUCGUCAGUCUCAUGACCAGUGUUUGUUCACAAUUUCUUGUACUGAACAGGUCAGGCUUCUUGACAGAUUUUUUCAAAUUUUCAGCGAUUGGUCAUUGGUCAUUUUGGAGAGUUAUUUCCAAUUUACAUUUUAACUUGAAAAAUGAAAUUCUUCAUAAAAUGUUUUACAAUUCAGGGGAAUUCUUGAUUAGUGUAUAAAGAAGAAUCUGGUCGAAGGUCAAAAUUUUCAGAUGGUUAACCUUAUCAAAAUUAAGGAGUUUUUUCCUGUUUACUUUCAAAUUACUGUAAUCUAGUAAACACAAUACAGAGUCAGAAUAGAUUUCAUGAUGGAAUAUUCUAAAACUCAAUGACAUUACUCAUUACUGAAGGGAUUGUGAACUGUUGUCUUUCGAUUCACAAUUCACCCCCCUCCCCCCUCCAAAUAUAACAGUAUGCAAAACAAAUAUAUUUAAUAAAUUGUCAAUAUUAAGUGUAUAUAUACAAAACAAUCUCUUGCCAACAAACCAUUUCACUGUAAUAGUAUUCUCUAUAUUUCAUUUUGUUCAGUAUAAUAUAUACCUUACAGAUUUUAUAUAAUCAAAGUUUUUAUAUAAACUGUUUGUCUCUUAAUAUAUAUACAUACUAUCUAUCUUAUUGAUGUGUAAAUUAUAUCUGCUUAUUUAUAAUUUUUAAAACAAAUUUAUUUAUAAACUGAUUCAAACUGUUAUUGUUUUUAUGAAAUGUGAUGGUUUGAAAUUGGUGCCUUCCAUUUAUUUCUAAAACACAAAUCUUCAGACUAUUUAUUGUAUUUUUUUUGUUUUCGAAGAUAUAUAAACUUGGCCUUAUAUGUUGUAUAUGAUGUGAAGGUUAGCCUGUCUGUGAUAUUAUAUAAACCAGAGUGCAUAAAUAAAAUAUAUCAAUAUGCAACUUUUACAUUAUGUUCAGGUGUUUUAACCAAGUAAUCUUUUAUUUGCCAAUCUGAAAAGAGAAUUGACCUAAAAUUGUCAACUAGAGAUUGAACACUAAUACAUAUAAACCCAAACUUUACACAAAUGUAUUUGAUAGCAAUAGAUCGGAAUUGGUCAUCAAAUAAAACACAAUUUAUGGAUAACAAUUACUAUGGUUUAUUAGGUUUCAACAAGAUUACACAAGUUGUUAUCAAGCAUAUAAACACAAAUAAAUAUGAAAUCAGUAAAUGAAAAAAAGAACUCAUCUUGUUUUACAACAACUUGAGGGUUUUUCCCCCUGGUUCAGAUAUAAGUAGUAGGUUUGUUUGUGUGAUGACCGGUGUUGUUAAAACCAGACCUUAUUUGCAAAUAUAAAGUAUAUAGAUCUACUUGUAUUUUAACAUGACAAUAUAUUGAUGAAUGGUUGUUGGCUGAAUGUUAAUUGCUUCUUAUUUGAAAAGCAUAUAAUAUACAUGUCAUGUAUGCAUUUAUUGUAUAUAAAUUAUUUAUUUUACAGAAUAAAAUUAAUUCGUUAUGAUAUC